CUAUCAAUUACCACAAGUCAACCACAUCAACUCCUGCGCCGGCCAAAUUUGGCUAUUCCAUAACCCAUUUCAAGGAUACGGCAUUUCGAUUUUAUGCCGGAGUAACAAUCUUACUUUUCGAACAAGAUGGCCUCAUCAUCCAAUCCCUAUGAACAUUACAAUCAACCACACGUCGAGGAUGACGAUUUAAUAGAUCCAGAUGAUGGUGCGUGUAUUUGCGACUCCCAGAGCCCUCUCGAAAUCGACUGGUGAGAUUAUAAGGAAGACAGUGCUAAUAUCUCUUCUGAUAGCAAACCUCGACGACCUAGACGACCCCCUCCAACCUCUCCAAUCCACCUCCUCCCGCGCACCUCUCACAGGAAACAUAGCCUCCGACGCCCCAGCCUCCAAUCAAUCCUACCUCACCUCGCGCAUCCCAGGCGAAGACCGUCGCGCGCCCACCAACACCAUCGACGAAUCAGUCUGGGAAACCCUUCGUCGGGAUCUUCUUGCCGUCUGGUCCAAGAUGCGCGAGGUGUUGUACCCCAAGUACCUCUUUGGGGGCUCCAUGUUGGAAGGCACUUCCGGAUUCCGAGGCGCGUAUGAAAACCUGAGGGGAGUGGGAAUUAGCGGCGCGAGGGAUGAGAUUGUGGGGAUUGCGGGGAGGGCGCUGGAUCCGGAUGUGCUGCUGAAUCAGGGCAAUAUGAGUGAGGGACUGCGAGAUUGGGAUCUUUGGGGUCCGCUGGUAUUCUGUCUUUUGUUGAGUUUGCUGUUGAGUUUUAAUGCGGCGGGGGAUCAGAAGAGUUUGGUUUUCUCGGGCGUUUUUGCGAUGGUUUGGAUUGGGGAGGCGGUUGUUACGUUGCAGAUUAAGUUGUUGGGCGGGAAUAUGUAUGGCUCCCUCUUUCCUCCCUUUCAAGAGUUUUGUGAAGAGAGAAUUAUGUUUACUGAUCUGAAUUAGCUCCUUUGCCCAAAGCGUCUGCAUCAUCGGCUACACGCUCUUCCCCCUCGUCAUAGCAGCCCUCCUCUCAGCUUUCAACCUCUACUUCGUCGCUCGCAUACCCAUCUACCUCGUCCUCAUCGCUUGGUCAUUGGCUGCUGGUGUCAGUAUCCUCGGUGGAAGCGGGGUGGUCAAGAAUCGCGUGGGCAUUGCGGUCUACCCGCUUUUGGUAUUCUAUCUUGGCUUGGGUUGCCUGUGUUUUAUUAGCUAAAGGGAUUUCGGCUCUUUUACUUGCUUUUUACCCGCGAGAGAAGAUGGCAAUCUGUGAAUUGAAGAGAGAGGAGUAUUUGUACUUUUAGAUCUUGGUCUUGGUUUCUUAUUUUAUUUUUGAGAUCCUGGUAGGGUUCCCCCGAUAGGGAGGCUCGGGAGGGUGUUGAGGAAUUGCUAGGUUUUAUUAUACCCC